CUUUAUUAUCGAGUAAAAAAAAUACAACAAUGGCUUUCACCUGCGCUGUUAAAAAUUGUUCUAACGGCGGAUAUUGGCUAAACAAGUGGAAGAAGCAGCUUUGUACUGUUUGUGGCUGUCUUCAUAGUGAGAAACAUUGCAAAUGCAAUCCUCCUUUCAGGCUUUUCAGUUUUCCGACUCAAAAGAGAAACUCAGAGGGACGCCUGAGAUGGAAACAACUUGUAAAUCGAACCAAUGGCAACAAAAUGUGGUCACCCUCGAAGGAUUCAAGGGUCUGCAGUAAACAUUUUCUUGAAGGGGAACCAACGCUACAGAAUCCUUUUCCAACUCUGCAUUUGGGGUACGAUGGAUUUGAGUCCAAGGUGAAAAGGAUAAUGUUCUUUAGAGAUGGAAGUGAUUCAUCAUGCAAGGUCACUUACAUGACUGUGGAUGAUCCACAAUACACAGCAAGUCCCUAUCACCCUGAUCCACCGGUCGAAAUGCUAUCAUUAAAAGUUGAGUUUCCGUGGCAGCUCACUCUGUUAGCUGUGAUAAAUAUGCUGUUACAGACACUUGCAAUUGUUAAUAAACAACUUCAGUCUGUUAAAAGUGAAAACACGCGUCUGAAACAAGAAAUUGCACUCUUGAAAAGAAAACGUUAUGUUGACAGUAUUUUGAAGAGCGAUGAGGAUGUGAAUUAUUUUACCGGAUUGCCAUCAAAAUCAGUCUUUGAGAAAUUCCAUAAGGUUAUAGCCCCAUUGGUAAAUAGGCGUUGGCUUGGAGUGAAAGGUGGACUACAGCAUGUAAGGAAGUUUGCAAAUGAACCAAGCCGGUUUGGUCCAGAAAGAAAACUGUCAUCCAGGGCCGAGUUUUUAUUGACUUUAAUGCGCCUUCGUCUUGGUCUUUUAGGAAAAGAUUUAGCUGUGCGAUUUGACAUUUCUGAAUCACUUUGUGGAAGGAUAUUCCUUGCUUGGCUGCGAGCAUGCUCUAAAGUUUUUGGUUCAAUGGUGUAUAUUCCAGAUGAGGAGACUUUAAUUGCUACGAAGCCAGAGAAAUUUAAACACAUUUCCGAUCUGCAUUCCAUUAUUGACUGUACAGAGAUAUUCAUCGAAACUCCGAAAGAUUUGGAUAUGCAGAGCUCAAGCUGGAGUAACUAUAAAUCGCAUAACACGCUAAAAGUUCUUGUGGCUUGUGCACCAAAUAGUGCUAUUGUUUUCAUAUCAGCCGCUUACACUGGACGAAUGUCAGACAAACAAGUCACUUUAGAUAGUGGGUUUCUGGACCAUAUUCCACAAUAUUCUGUUAUAAUGGCCGAUAAAGGCUUUAACAUAAAUCAUGAAUGUGCCAUGCGAAAUAUCUCUCUGUAUGUUCCACCAGGUAGGAGAGGACAGUCCCAAAUGCAUGAAGCUGCAGUGAGAAAAACAAAAAAAAUUGCAAACACUAGGAUUCUUAUAGAACAAGUUAUUCGCCGCUUGAAGACUUUUAGAAUCAUUCAAAGUGAGCUUCCUAUAACACUUAUAUCCCAUGUAGAUGACAUUAUCAAAGUCUGUGCUGGAAUAAGCAAUACAAAAGGGCCAAUAUAUAAGUAAACUUUCUGGUUUGUUGUGUUCAAAAUUAGUGAUGUCAGAAUGCAUAUAUAUCAAUGAGGUCAUGACAUGAUUGCCUACAUUGUAGUUUAAUGUACAACUGCAUAAUGAAAACCUUUUUUAACUGAUUAUAUAGCGAACAGUAAGGAUCUUGAUCAGACUGCACACAUACAUGUAUGAUAUCUGCUCAUGACGCAGUUUAUUUUGUAAAAAGUGUUAUGUACUACAGCAUUUAUUAUUGCAAAUUUUAAUUUCAGACACCAUUGUAGUAAUAUGUACAACUGCAUAAUGAAAAACUUUUUUAACUGAUUAUAUAGCAAACAGUAAGGAUCUUGAUCAGACUGCACAGAUACAUGUAUGAUAUUUGCGCAUGACACAUUUCAUUUUGUAAGAACUGUUAUGUACUAUACCAUUUGUUUUUGUAAAUAUUAAUUUCAGACACUGUCUAUAUUUAUCAAACUCAGGUUUAUUGAUUUGAAAAAUAAAACUGUCUAGUUCA